GAAAAGGCCCACUUGCUACAAGUACCAAGUUUUUCGGAGAGACACUGUAAAUGCUAGUAAGCUCCUUAGGGUGACGAAACCUCCCACUGGAUGUGGAACUCAUCUGUAAAAAUUAAAGACAAGGUCUACUUGCUACCAAGUUUUUGGGAAAGAUGGUAAAAGUCGCCAGUAGCUCUAGGAUUAACACAUCCUCAGUGAACGUGGAACUCUACUUCUAUAAAGGAUAAAAUGUCUCUGUGGAAAUCUACCACUUUAAAGGAUAAAAUGUCUCGGUGGAAAUCUACCUCUGUAAAGGAUAAAAUGUCUCAGUGAACGUGGAACUCUUCUGUAAAGGAUAAAAGGUAUUUGAUUAAAUAUGCAGCCAACAUGAAAGGUCAUCCAGACUCAUACUGAAGCGUAACAUGACGUACUAUAUGCAAAUUGUAAGUAGGCAAUCUCACCUGGAAUCAGAUAUGGAUGCGUAUGCCCACUUUGUUGUGAGCAAGUCCUCUUACUAGAAAUUAGUGUUGCCAAAAGGAAACUGAAUUCCUGAAGACUGGAGUCUUCAUAAAAGCAAUAUUGAGAGAAAAGCAUGUAGGAAAGGGGUGCGUCCUUAGCCUGAUGUCAUCAUGAUCAAGCAAAACAGAUCAGAUAAGAAAUGCAAGACUGCAAUAGCAAAAGGCAAGACCAUGAAAUCCUAGUACACUCCUGAAGAUUGUGUAUUGGCCAUGAAACUGGAAAAAGCCCACAGCGAAACAGUUCUUAUGGUAACAAUGUCUGACAGGGCAUAGAGCUUGAGGCCCUGAUGUCUGAGGUGAGAUUUUCCUUUCAAUAGGUCCAAGAUCAUUUCAUCUCUCAUCUAUCCUCCUCAGUAAGAAUCUUUGGUCCUGGAGAAAAAUUUGCUUUCUUUCUGUUCUUUUUCUAUUAUAGUUUUUGUAGAUACUAUAAUCUAUCCUUCUGCUCUUUUUCCAUUAUAGUUAUAGUAUUAAAAUCUAUAUGUAACAUGUAUUUGUCAUUCCAUGUAUGGUCAUUACGUUAAGUGACAACCAAAUACGUCCAAAUCCAAUAUCUAGCAGUAUGCCGCUUCCCCUCUCCAAGUUUGGUUGCUCACAUGCAUUGUCCUUGUUGCACUGCCAUCUUACCUAAUAAAUAACAAAUCUACAUUUUAGAUGAGCUUGUUUCAUGUCUCAUCCCAUCCAACAUGGUGCAGUGAGGUGUUACAAGAAUCAAGUGAAGAUACAGGAGAUUUACAGUGAACUGGAAGAAAACCAACAGUGGACCCUGCCUACACCAACAGUUGCCCACUUCUCUCUCUGCAUCGGACUUUACUUGCUGGAUGGAUGUGACAACAUCCCACUUGCCCAGUGUUCGCAAGACCCUGUCUACCAUCAACGUUCCCCACUUUCUCUCCUUGCCCAGAUGGUGAUACUGCAAUCAGCCGAUUUCCUUUUGUUCAUACAAUAUCUGGAGCAAUCAUGGAUCAAGGAUCAUGCCAGGAUCAGGCAAGAGGAGGAAAGGAGACAAAAAGAAGAGAAGGGAGGAAGAAUUAGGGGACCAACAACAGAGAAAUAAAGACAAAAUUCACAGGCAACAGGAAGCAAACUGCUACAGUGCCUUUCUGCAAAUGCUAGCCCCCCCUUGUACAGCAAGCAACCAAAGGCACCUCUUUCAACACCUGCAGCAACCCUAUCAGUAGCCCCUCCACAGAAAGCAAUUGCCCAGAACCUUCACCACCCUCGCCCAGCUGCAACUUUGCCGUUCCCAAAAUGUCGACUGGACGAUUGAAUAGUCAUGGUGGAUCUGCACAAUUUACCCAGAAAAAAUACAGAUUAGGAUGUGUUUUGCCUUUAGAGACACAUAGGAUCCUUGAGCACACCCUUGACACCUCCAGACAUCGGAUUAAGCGUUGAUAAAGUCUUGGAUGCCCUUCAAGAAAACGUCAAAAGCCUUCACGAGAAUUUAUGUCAUAGGGAGCUGCUUGCCUGCAAACAGUUAGGAUAGUAUUUUUCAGAUUUUUACGCAAGACACUCACACAUUGCAGAGAAAUUAGUCUGUCCUGAUCAAUCUAAAGUCGGUGCAUGGUCCUUGACCACUCUUCACCCGAUCUACGCAUGCAUUGCCAGAGAUCACAAGAUUCCUUGUUUUCAUCCGCUUUUGAACUGGAUCCAGCUAGGCGCUAGAAAUUAUCCUAUUGUUAAGACCAAAGGUUUGUUCACGUAUGAACAACUUCAGUUUGUAAGCAAACCCAGAUGAAGAUGAUCAUCCUCAUGGUAGUCAGCGAUGAAGAGAAGAGCGAACUGAGAAACACAUAGCCCUCAACACCAAUAUGCCACUACAAGAUAUGUUGAUGUGUUGCACCUACGAGUCCACAAGGAAGGCAACUUCUGCAAUUCGUGCUUUGCCCUCUCAAACUACAAAAAGCAGAAGGAACAUGGAAAGGCUGCAACCCCUACCACACCACCACAGUUUGUUUCAUGCCAGUCGUGCAACUACACACACGGAUCCAAAGAAGUGUCCAGCCAAGGUACAGGGGUGCCCUGCCCGAUAGGUCAAGUGCUGCUACUGUAACCAACAGAGACAUUACAAUAAGAGCUGCCAGAAGAUGAGGGAUGCUGAACAAUAUGCUUCCAGCGCCAAACCUAUGCCACCCUCUCUCUUGUUGGAUGGGGAGACCUUCUUCUAUCAAGACACCAUUACCAUUCUCCAUUUCCGUCUUGCAUGACGACGUCACAUUCAGGAUUCAGGUGUUGCCAGACACAAGCGCUAAAAUCUGUUAAGGGCCCCUGCAUCUUAACCUUCUGCACAUUCCUAGGAGCGCACUACAACCCCCACCAGUUACCCAGAUGUUCACUGCAGAUGGCUUUACAAUGACACCUACCUCAUGAUCCCUCACACAAACAUUUACCUUAGUGAGAGAUGCUGUUCAGUGUUCAGCAAGGAUCUAAGUUCUUGCUAAGAGUUGGGCAUUAUUCUGCUAGAGUUUCCCAGAUAUAUAGGAUCCUUCACAGCCACUCUCUCCUUAGUUGAGAGAUCCUUUUCAGCGAGAAUCAGAAGUCCAUGGAGGUGUCUGAACAUCACUGCUGUCAUAUAGCCAAUGCAAGGAGUUGGCCGUUAUUGUGCCAGUUUCCCAGACCUAUUCUGGAUGCUACCCAUGUCAAUGUGUUCAUAGACACAUCUUCAUGUCACCACGACACCUGCAGAAGCCAACAGAGACUUUUCUUCUAUGAUAGUUCAACAACUUGCUCAUCUCCAAGGAAGAACUAAAGAAAGCCCCACUCAAGCUGACGGAAAGACUCUCAAAGAAGCUGUACAUUUUGUCAUCAAUGCACCUGCCAGACACCAUAUGCCUUCUGGGAACAAGUCAAUUCAGAGCUUGAGUUCAGGGUAAAUCAGGGUAUUAUUAAGCCCGCUGGUGACGAACCCUGAGACUAGUGUCACCCUCUCGUUGUAAUACUUUAGGACAAAGGUGUUUGAAUCACUGUUGACCUCAACAACCACUGUUAAGUAAAUCAUCCAGCCCACCUGUCAUCCUCACCAUUAUCUAGCAUCUGCAGCAUUGAUCCAAGCCAAGUUCUUCACCACUGUAGAUGCCCUGCAUGGGUACUAGCAAUGUAACUUGCAGGGAAGGAUCAAAAGUUAACUACAUUCAUCACACCCUAUGGCCCAUUCCAGCAUUGCAGAGAUCCAAUGGGAUUUACGGCCACAGGAGACACAUACUGCCUUCAAGGAGGCAAGGCUCUGCAAGGUGUUGAACAUUACAUCAAGGUAGUUGACAACAUCCUGCUGUUCAAUGAGCAUUUCCCAAGCCAUCUGCAUCAAAUCCAAGAGAUGCUGAAGGUGCCUCAAGUUUGGCAUCAGUCAAGGACAUGUUUGGGGUUGCUGCCUCCAGUGUUGCCUUCUGCAGACUUCAGAUCUCCAAAAACACAACUUGUCAAAAAUUGUAUUUUUCUUAACUAUACAAACCUGAGGUCCAAUAGGGACGUAACUUAGUGGCAGCUGGAAUCGGUCGUAAGCUUCGAACAAGGGGGUUUAGUAGUUAACUGCUUGUUAACUGCUUGCCCGGUAGUCGGCGGUCAGCACGACUGAGAGGAGAGAAGUUACUUUACUUUAGGGCCAGGAAAAAACAGAGUGAGGGGUAGCAUGAGGUGGGACUAUGUGUAAAGGACCUCAGGUUUGUAUAGUUAGGAAAAAGACAAUUUAUGACAAAUUGUGAUUUGUUCCGAUACGAAUACAAACCAUCGGUCCUUUAACAAUAGGAAGACUCACUUAUUGGUGGGUGGAAAUGAACAGAAUGGUGUUCGUCCGACCUUGGUUCCCUCCGUGGUCGUAAGAGCAGAGGGAGGGAUCCUAGCCUCUGCCCAGCUGAUCGGGGUGUGCACUGCGGGAUCAGUGUUCAGACCUCCGGACCAAAUUUAUAAGAGGGUGGCUCCUAUUCCUACUGAAAGGGAUAGGUUGGAGCUCGGUCGUGUAGCUUACCUGCAUCUGCCUCCUGUCCAGUGUGGUGACAACCGCAGCCCUCUGCCCACAGGUAGAGGAGGAGAAAAGAGGAGGAAGAGAAGCCAGUCACACUCCCUUUCACUCGUCCAUUCAUGCAGUCACACAAGGAUGCGAUGCUGUUCUGUCCACUCGAGUGCUGGGUAAGCUACACAAGUUGUUGAGCAGCCACCACGGGUCCCAAGGAAAAGGUGUCCAAGGACAUGUGGGCAAUAUCCCUUAGGUAAAGGUAGUCUGGUUGGCCCAAACCCCUGCCUUCAGAACCUGGGCCACGGAGAAGUUCAUGCGGGACACAAGGGUUGGGACCAAUACCUCUGACCUUGUGGGCUCUCGGACAAAGGGUAUGGGUGUCGUCACUACCAUCCACGUCGUACACCCUCCUGAUCACCUCACGCAGCCAGAAAGCAAGUGUGUUCUUGGAUACCUCUUUCAUGGUAACCCCAGUGCUAACGAAAAAUCGGCACUCAGGCCUGAAAUGUCGAGUUCUCUUCAACAAAGCAGCAUCUCAUCCGCAUUGUUAUCGGUGAAGUCCUUCAGGGAGGGGAUAGUGAAUGACUCGAACCGGUCGUCAGGGACCGAAGGAUUCUGAGUCUUCGCUAUGAAGUCCGGGAUGAAAUAGAGCGUCACAGAUCCCCAUCCCCUAAAAUGUUUAACACUGAAGGAAAGACCAUGAAGUUCCCCUACUCUCUUCGCUGAUGCCAGGGCCAGCAGGAAGAGGGUCUUGAGGGUCAGAUCCCUGUCUGAUGACUGUAGUGGCUCAAAGGGUCUUAGAGUCAAACUCCUAAGGACGAGAGUCACAUCCCACCCCGGGGGCCUGAGUUCCCUGGGUGGGCAAGACCUUUCGAAGCUCUUCAUAAGGAGGGAGAUCUCGAAGGAAGAGGAGAUAUUCACUCUCCGCAGUUUAAGGACUAGGGCCAAGGCGGCUCUGUAGCCUUUAACUGUGGAGACAGAGAGGAGCUUCUCUCGGCGAAGGAAGACAAGGAAAUCAGCUACCUGCUGAAGACGGACCACUUUCCCUGGUAUACAGUUGCAGAGGACUGUCUGAGGUACCCAGCCAUCUCUGUUGCUGCUCGACGAGAAAAGCCUCUCGCUUGCAAGAGAUGGUGGAUAACAGCCAGCUGUGAAGACACAAGGACCAAACCAACCGGUGGUACUGUUCUAAGUGUGGCUGGCAUAGGGGGUUGUGCCAAGGGGGAAUCUUUCUCGGUGCUUUGGCGAGCAGAGCCAGCAGGUCCGGAUACCAAACAGCCUGAGGCCAUUUGGGAGCCACCAGAAUCAUCUGAAGAUUCAUGGUGACCAGUACCCUGCUGAUCACCUUGCGAAUCAUACAGAACGGGGGAAAGGCGUAAACAAAGAGGUUGUCCCACGGAUGUUGAAGAGCGUCCUCUGCAGCUGCCCAUGGGUCCGGCACAACUGAGUAGAAAACCUGGAGUUUUCUGUUGUGCCGAGUGACGAACAGAUCCACGACUGGACGCCCACACAGGUUAAAGAGCCUUUCCGCCAUGUCUGGGUGAAGGGACCACUCGAUUCCUAUCACCUGAUCCCGACAGCUGAGCUUGUCUGCUACUACAUUCCUCUUGCCUGGAAUGUAGCAGGCUGACAGCUCUACCAAUCGUGCACCUGCAACGUCAACUGAUGCAACGGGAGGGACACUAGGCCCCCCUGUUUGUUGACGUACGUCACUACCAUAGUGUUGUCGCUCAUCAACACCACUGAGUGUCCCAUCAGACAGUCCUGGAACUCUUGGAGAGCGAGAAACACUGCCUUGAGCUCAAAGAUGUUGAUGUGAAGGUGCUUGUCGUGAUGAUCCCACACACCCACAGCCAGCAACUCCUCCAGGUGUGCGCCCCAUCCCUCGGUCGACGCGUCUGAAAAUAGCAACUCUCCAGGGGGGAGUGCAAAGAGGCACUCCUCUUACGAGGUUCAUGUCGUCCAGCCACCCGGCUAGGUCCUGCCUCACCUCCUCCAUGAGAGGAAAUGGGGAAGUACGGUGGGUCUCUUGCCUGUGACCAACUCUCCUUUAGCCUCCACUGAAGAGACCGCAGGUGAAGACGCCCGUGAGGGACUAACUUCUCGAGAGACGACAGGUGACCGAUCACGACCUGCCACUGCUGAGCUGACUGCUCCUGUAGGGACAGGAACGGUCUGGCUGCCUCCCUGAACCUGCUGAUCUGCGAGUCCGCAGGGAAGCCUCGCCCUGCUACCGUAUCAAUCAGCAUGCCCAGGUACUUUGUCCUCUGCUUGCACUCUAGAUCUGACUUCUCAUAAUUCACUACAAUCCCCAGAUUGCGGCAGAAUUCGAGGAGUCGAUCCCUGUCCUGUAGCAACUGCGACCGAGAGCUUGCCAGGACUAACCAAUCGUCGAGAUACCUCAGAAAACGUAUCCUUACCGAAUGGACCCAAGCCGACACCACAGUGAACACUCUCGUGAACACCUGUGGGGCGGUUGAGAGACCGAAACAAAGUGCCCUGAACUGGUACACCGUCCCGUCGAGGAUGAAGCAGAGGUACUUCCUGGAGGACUGAUGGAUGGGUAUCUGGAAAUACGCAUCCUUCAGGUCCACAGAAAGCAUGAAGUUGUACUCCCUGUGGAGUAGAGCACUGAACGUGUCGUUUCCAUUAUGAACUGAGUUUGGUGAACGAAUCGGUUCAAGGGAGAGAGAUCUAUCACCGGGCGCCAGCCCCCAAGAGGACUUCUCCACCAGGAAAAGUAGACUGUAGAAGCCCGGUGACUGAUCCCAUAUGAUCUCCACAGCUCGUUUGCUUAGCAUUGCUUCCAUUUCCUGCCGAAGCGCCGCGUCCUUGGCCGAACCAGGAACGUAUGUCUGUAGAUGGACCGGGUUGGAGGUGAGGGGUGGCCGAGACUCGAAGGGUAGUAGAUUUCCCUCCCAAAGGACAUUUACUAUCCAGGUCUCUGCUCCGUAGGGCUGCCAAGUUGCCCAAUGGCUCGCCAGGCACCCACCCACUUCCGGCAGCAGGUGAGGGGGAAAGCCGUCCCUAGCAAUUCCCUCCUCUCUUCGACUUCUUCCCGGCUCCUCCUUGAGAGGAGGAGGGCUGGUUAUGGUCCCUCCUUACAGAUGAAGUCGAAGGCAGAGUCUUUCCUCUCAGCUUCGACGAAGCAAUCGUCUUAGCUGCAGAGGAAGUGCUAGCUAAACUCUUAGGCUUAGCCGCAGUUGCUCCAGGCUGCCCCGCCGCCUUCGAGACUGCCUGGUGGACUAGACGGUCACUGUCGUCAGUGCGCCGUUGUUCCGCCGCAGUGUCCACCACCUCUCUGGGGAAGAGAGAAGAGGAAUUCCACACUGGUCCGUUGUGAAAACCCUAGGUCGCUUUGCGCCCUGCUGACCUGGUUACUCGAGUGAGGAGAGCGUCCCUAUGCCUUAGAACUAGGUUGGCCCACAGUCUGGCAUAGUCUCGCGACCUUGGACACUGUGAGGGACCACAGGACUAUCCAGGAGACUGCUUGGAAUGCUGCCAUGGCAGUCGAUUCCAACGCAAGUGCCUCUUGCUGCGAGAACCAGAGGUUCUCUGACAGCAGGUGCUGAAGAGACACCCCCAGAGUUAGCCUAGCCAGCUCCGGGUUAACCUGCUUGGGUGGCAGAGGGUCCUCCGUUGGCAUGUAGAAGCGCCUCUGUUGUAGUAGAGGUGGGGGAAGGAGCUUGGACGACCAGCCGGACCGAAACGAAUCCCCCUGUCCGGAGACAAGAGCGUCCACCUGGUCCAGCACACUGUCGGCCAAGGCUGAUCGCGGCAGACCCACCGUCAUCCUGGGUUCCUUUUUGGGUCCCCAGAACAACUCCAACCUAGAUGUAGAAUCGGAAGGUGGGAGCGGCUAUCCUUGCCCAAGGUCGUUGUGCUGACGAAUCGGCACAAUAACCUCAGCGAACGACCUCUGGAUCUCAGGACCAUCCAGCCCGUCCAGCGAGAACGCCUCCCGAGACCCUCCUCCUUCCACAGGAGGAACCACAACAGGGCAUCACUGGGAGUGCGUCCCUCGCGGUCACUCCUGAUCGCCUCACUCUUACCGGUGUAACCCGAGGAAGUUGAAGGGAUAGGAGAGGUAGACCUAACGCUCCCCUCUUGCCCACCGGCAGAACUGGCGUGCUGGGGGGGCUGCAGAUGCUCGCCAGCCUGCGGUGGCGAUCGGGCUGUAGGCCUGGUCGAGCGGCUCUUUGGGGGAGAGCGGCUGGACGGAGAACAGCGGCGACGUUCCCGAGCAUCAGAAGAGCUGCUGCUGGUCCCCCUCUCCGCCCAGUCCCGGUGGGAGCGGCGGUCAGGGGAGCAAGGCCUGUCCUCACGGCGCGUCACGCCGCUGGAACCAGCCGAGGCUGGUCCAGGCGACCGAGGGGACCACUUCCUCGCCCCUGGUCAGGGACUGUCGCUUCAACCCUGGGUACUGGCGGCUUGCCACAAGAGUGAUCACUGGUCUGGUGGGAGUCACCUGGGCGACUCCUGGCAGUCUUCUGCUUCAUGCCUGGAUCCUGGUGCCGAGCGCACUCAGUUGCCUGGGUCUUGGCUGCACAGUCACCUGCAGACGACCAUACACUCGGUACCUCUCACGAAUGAGAGGCUGAGAUGGUACCUGGCGUCGAGGCAGAACCUUUGGCGCCAGGUGAGGAGGUACCAGUGCUAGCUGGUACUCCUCCAGUCCCCGUCUUCUUCCUUGCGGAAGGGGAGACGGGCCCCGUUCCCGAAGGAACAGGAGGACCAGCGGAAGUCCCAACCAUCCCACCGGAGUGGGACGGACCCUUAAAGGUCUCAGAGCGAGACUUCUUAAGGGGGAAGGAGGCUACCUUCUUCUUCUUCGGCUGUGGGGCCUUAGAAGUCGAAGGGGAAGUGGCAGCAGCAGUAGAUGACGACGAAGAUGACGACGACACCUACCUCUUCUUCGUCAGCUUCCUCAGGACCACUGUCAGGUCUUCCAUCCAGGACGGAUCUGGGGCAGCUGCCGAAGCAACAGGCCCCGGCUGCACCUGUCCAGAAGGACCUGGCAUGGGAGCAACAACACCACAGGCAGGAACGACGACGGCAGGAACUGGUACAGGAGCAGUGAUUACAGGAACAGAGGGCUGGGCAGGAACCAGCAGCAUUCUCUGUAUAGGCGGCAGAUCUAAGGGAGAGCUCUUGGGACACCGGAAGUCAGGGGCUGGAGCAAGAGCGGCAAAACCAGGUGCCGGCGUCACAACCAUCCUCUUAACAUCCGGCGUCGCCUGCACAGCAGCCGUCGGGGUCACCAUCACCACGUGUUGUGUAAACGCCAGGAGCGGCGGAGCAACGUAACCUGGCGUGGAUACUGUUGUGGGUUACUGGCCUGGUCCCUCUCGCGAGAUGACCCAGCAGCCCCUGAACGCUCGGUGUCCCCUGGAGCCCCAGCGCGUACCAGACCCGGCUGAGAUCAUCCCCCAUGGCAGGCAAAUCCGAGGAAGAAAAAUUUGGGUUAAUGGGGGGGGGGGUUUCCUCUCGCCCAAGGAGGGGAUAGAUCCCACCCCGAGCGAACAGAUGACCCCGAAUACAACUGCAUGUCGGGGUACCUCACCCCCUCCUCUACGCUAGACUGAUCGAGGGAAGAGAAGGAGUGAGAUAACCGCCCCCCCCCCUCAAGGGGAAGGAGCCAUGUGCGGGAGCUGUGAUGGAGGGAGAAAAGAAGAAGACGUGUCCAUAACCAAGGGGAGUAACUGGAGAUCCCUCCGAUAACUCCCUGGCUUGCUUACGCGGUUUCUUCCUUCCUUCCUUCAUAAUGCUCCCACUGCUCCUCCGACCAAACAAUACAUACAUCACAAGGCUGGGCGCGAGAGGUUUCGCGCCCUCGGCACCGAGCACACAAUUCAUGAGGGUCAACCUCGAAUAUGGACCGAAAGGCCCCACGCUUACGGCCCUCUACACCAGGGCACAAUCUGCGGUUGAUGGGGAGGGGGGGGGGUCUUUCCGGCUUGCAGGAAUCCAUUUCCACGAGAAAAUACACCAAUACAAAAAAACAACCAGGUACUCACGUUAGUUUUACACAAGCACACUAGUAAUAGAGAAAGGCAAAAUAUCUUCACGAUACGAAGCAGAAAACCAAGCAUAUGACGAAUAAAGCAGGCAGAGAGGCGAAGCAACACAUCCAUCCACCAGCGCGGCCGAAAGCAAAGUGACUCCCCUCCUCUCAGUCGCGCUGACCAACGACUACCGGACAAGCAGUUAACUACCGAACCCCCUUGUUCGAAGCUUACGACCGGUUCCAGCUGCCGCUUAGUUACAUUCCUAUUGUUAAAGGACCGAUGGUUUGUAUUCAUAUCUGAACAAGAUGGCAUUUCAGUGGACCCCGACAAAGCAGCAGCAAUCAAGGACUUCCUUACUAUAACAAUCUUAAUAAAUCUAAUUCCAUUCAUGGGGUUAGUAAACCAAUUUGCCAACUUUGUCCGAUAUCAGACUCUUUUGAGCACGACUGACCUAGCUAGCCACCAGUCCUUGCCUCCUUUUUUUAAUUCAGCCAUCCCAGUUAUCUUACAGACUAGGAUAUGCCCUUCUACAGGACCAUGGCAAUAGAAGAUUCUGCCUAAAACAGUCGGCACGUGUUUCCUUGCAGAUGCAUUAUGCCAUAAUCAAGUUGGAGAUGCUAGCCAUAACCUGGGAUGUGUCCAAAUGCAGACUAUAGUUGAUAUGCCUCCAACAUUUUAUGUUGAUGACAGACCAUCGCCCACUUGUGCCAAUUUUCAACUAUUACACUGAAUGUGGUUGAGAAUCACUGUUUGCAACAUCUUGGAGAAAAUCUAACCGUAUCAUGCGCUGGCAAGCAACUCUGCAUACCCAACGCCCGGUUGUCAGCCAGCUCACACCACAUUCUGUGUUAAGGCUGGGCCAUACAUCAGGACAAUCACCACAGCGCAUGCAGAAGCCCAAGAGGAAGACUCUUCAUCCCAGGACACCAACAGCAUUAUCCAAGAACAUCGUGCUUCAGGGAAGGAGGACCCAUCUUACAAUCAUCUUCGAGACUGUGCAUUCUCAGGAUUUUGUUGCUCUCAUUCUGGAAACUACAGGACAGGCUUUCAGACAAUGCUGAAGUCGUACUUUAGGAAGCAAGGAUUGUAGUUCCUGCUGCCCUUUGCUGCCGUGCUCUGUCACAACUUCAUGACAAUCACAGAAAAAUAUAAGCCACAAAAUAAAAGGCACAAGAGACUGUGUAGUGGCCAGGAAUAGACUGUCCCAGCUUGCAAGCCUUAUCAGGUUUUACAACCCAGCCUCCAACAGGAACCUCUUCAAAACAACAACUACCUUACUAGGCCCUUCGAGUCUGUGGCAGCAGACUUCUUUAAUGUUGCAGGAAGUCAUUCCUUGUUGUGACCAACAAGCUUUCUGGCUGGCCUGUGGUUGUCAAAGCGACAGUGACACUACUGCCUCUGCAAUGAUCAGGAUCUUCUGCAGAUAUUUCAUGGGGGGUCAGUGUCCCACUUCACUUCAAGACCGAUGGUGGACCUCAAUGCAAGGAUGUCAUGGAGGGAUGGGAGUACAUCAUCUUAUUUCCCUGCACUGCCCACAACCCAAUGAGUAUGUCGAGGCUGCUGUGAAGCAUCUCGUAUGGAAGACAGUGCCUUCCCACAACAUCAUCUGUGUAGACCUUGACUGUAGACUCUUGGAGUCAUGGAACACUCCAAAGUUCAUGGGCCACCCUCCUGCACAAACCCUAUAGGGCCACCCCACUACGCUCCUGUGUGCUUGCUCAUUCCCACAAGAAUAUUUUCAGUUUCAGAUGCAUUAAAGAAAGAUCUGCUCUGUAUGUUUUUAAUCAAAACCACCUCCUUGUAAAAGAGAAUAUAGAUACAGUAUCUAAAACACACACCUGCUC